AUGACGGGCCAAGACGCAAUCCUCGCCAUGGACUUUAUGGUCCCAGCCGGGAUUCGCCUGGAUUUGGCUGAUGGGACGUUGUGUCUGCCGGACGAGAUUCGCAUCCAGCUGUCAGGACGACGUCCGCUGUACGAUGAACACGUUAGUGCAGUUCGCCUUGAGGAACUCGAGGUUAUCGAGGCUGGCCAGGAGGUCGAGAUUCCGUUGCGAUCUAAACCGUCGAAGAAGUUGUGGCUCACACGCGGGGAACACUGGAUCCCUACGUUGGUUGAAGGAGCUGGAUGGCGACGAUACCUACAGGUGACCAACAUCAGCGAUCGGACAAGGUGUCUGCCCGCUCACACUCAAGUUGGAAUGUGGCUGUCAGGCGAUCGGGUGCCGAGACGUCAAGGCUUC